AUGUUCAAGAUCAAAGAUUUCCAAGGGAUGCAAUACUCCCGCGACUCAUCUUCCUUCGGUAAAAAAGACUAUGAGUACUUCAAUCAGCAAUAUGCUUCUUCUUCCUACCAGGAGCAACAUGAUAUGAAUCCAGCCCUCAUUGUGCAGCCCAAGGAAGAUCAAGAUGUCAUCAAGGCUGUUCAAUGGGCUAGGGACAACAAGGUCAGCGUCGCUGUCAAGUCUGGAGGUCACCAAUACUCAGGUGCUUCUUCCACUGGUGGAAAGAACAUCCAGAUUGAUCUGUCCAACACUUACAAGGACAUGAUGGUCUUGGAGGAGCUUGGUGUUCCUGAGGACAGAGCUCUGGUAUACGCUGGAGUGAGUAACAGACUGCAAGACUUUAAUGACUACCUUCGCUCGGUGAAUCUAUUCGUGCCGCACGGCCAGUGUGCUUAUGUUUGCACCGGUGGCCAUGGUCAAACUGGCGGAUAUGGCCAGCUCGGUCGCAGUUUUGGCCUGUUCGGCGAUCACAUCAUCAAGAUCCGUCUCAUUGACCACAAUGGCUCCAUUCAGAACGUCACCAAGGAGAGUGACUCUGAGCUUUUCUACGCUAUCCUCGGUGGUAGCCCUGGCAACUUUGGCAUUAUUACCCAUUACACCGUUGAGGUCUAUCGUGCCUCCAGCUACAUGGGAACCGUUGCUGGUCCUAACGGUUUCAAGGGACCUCACGGUUUGAAGGGUCUGUGGAUUUAUGAUCCCAAGGUCCUCACACGUCUUCUUGGCUUCAUCGCCAAAAUGUCUGACGAAGACACUGCCCCACGAGGCUAUGACCUUUGCUGCAGUGUUCUCAGCACCGACUUCCCUGUCACUAUGCUGUUCCCGUCACUUAAAAAUGAUACCAUCUGGAAGAAGAUUCAACAAAAGAUCAAGACAGCUUUGGCCAAGGAUGUUCUUGACCUACUCAAUGGUAGCUUCCCUGCUAUCAUUGUCCUUUAUGCACAGUGGUGUCCUACCAGCAAAACCGACAAGUAUGACUCCACCGCGGACAAUUGGUUCCAGCAGUUCCGAGACCUUCAGAAUGAUUGGAGUAACCAUACUCUUUUGAUUAAUGAGUUUGAUGAGGGUAUGGACAAGCUGACUGGAAAGUGGAUCUUCCCUAAGCAACGAGAGUUUGAGCUUCCCUACGUGAAGCGCACCUACGCCACCAAGUCGCAGACCCUUCAAAAGGAUGGUUGGGUCGACGCAGUUGUCAAGCGUCUUGACUUGAUCUACAACCCUCACCAGAAGCUCGACAACGACAAGAGUGACAAGGAGGGAGAAGUCUAUGACCACUGCAAGCUCUCCGUUCAGAUCCAAUGCUUCGGUGGUAAGAACUCGCGCUUCUUACUCAACAAGGACAACGGAACAUCCUACAGCUGGCGAGACUCGACUGUUGUCCAGACACUGGACUGCUUCCACGAUCCAGGUGCCAAGUACAGAGAUUAUGCUCUCAACUGGCAGAAGACCAACGACUCCAUCAUGAUUGGAGCCAAGAGUCCUUUUAGUAAGCAGGAUCGGCGUGUGCUUUGGGGUUCAUGGGGAGAUUGGGAUAUGAGUAAGCCUGAGAUCUGGCAGGCGUACUAUGAGGAUGCGGAUAAGUACAAGAGACUUGGUAAGGCCAGGGCUAAGGCUGAUCCUAACAGAACCUUCACAGCGAAUCCUUUCGCAGUCGCUGCAGUGCGCGAUGCUACAAAGUCGUAA